AUGGAAGCCUCUCUCAGUCUCUCAAACUAUCCAACCACAACAUUAGAUUAUUCAAAUAAACCCCUAUCAAUUAAAUGCACAAUUCAAAUACAUCAUCACCCCACCAUAAAAACACCAUCCCGGAAACUUUCAUCGCCGUCAUUGUCGCCUGAGAUAAAACCAAUUUCCAGACCUUCGCCGGAGUUAUCAACCGUUUCCCCACCGGAGCUUAACCCACUUCAAAAACUAGCAUCCUCGGCUCUAAACUUGGUGGAAAGGUCACUUAUGGGACUUGAAAAGGAUCACAAACUACCUAGCCCGGUUGAUCCGGCGGUUCAACUCGCCGGAAACUUUGCGCCGGUUCCUGAGUGUCCGGUUCAUCAUGGGCUCGAGGUGGUCGGUGAGAUACCUUCUGAUUUAUGUGGGGUUUACCUUAGAAAUGGCGCCAACCCUAUGUUCAAGCCAACCGGCGGCCACCAUUUAUUCGACGGCGACGGGAUGAUACACGCCGUCACGUUAGGACCGGCGAAUAAAGCCAGCUACAGCUGCCGGUUCACUCGGACGAGCCGUCUAAAGCAAGAAUUAUCACUGGGCCACCCUUGUUUUCCGAAGCCGAUUGGCGAGCUGCAUGGCCACCUCGGUUUGGCUCGGCUUGCGCUGUUUUACGCCAGAGGUGCAGCCGGCUUGUUAGACUCGGCUCAUGGGAUCGGCGUCGCGAAUGCUGGGUUGGUUUACUUUAACGGCCGUUUGCUCGCGAUGUCGGAGGAUGAUUUGCCGUACAGCGUCCGCAUAAAAAGCGAUGGUGAUCUCGUGACGGAUGGACGGUUUGAUUAUGACGGACAAGUUAAUUGUCCAAUGAUUGCGCACCCUAAGGUGGACCCUGUUACAGGUGACCUUUUCUCAUUGAGUUACGAUGUUGUAAAGAAACCUUACCUUAAAUUCUUCAGUUUCGAAGAAAAUGGUCAGAAGUCACGUGAGGUGUCCAUUUCAUUGAAUCAGCCGACAAUGAUUCAUGACUUUGCAAUCACGCAAAGUCACGUGAUCAUUCCAGAUCACCAAGUUGUAUUCAAGUUAUCCGAGAUGGUACGGGGCAGGUCACCCGUGAUACUUGACCCGAAUAAAGUAUCCAGAUACGGUGUCUUACCCAAAUCCGCCGAAAACGAAUCGAGUAUCCAGUGGAUCGACGUACCUGAUUGCUUUUGUUUCCAUUUAUGGAAUGCAUGGGAGGAAGAAACCGAAAACGGGGAUAAAAUCAUGGUAGUAAUCGGGUCGUGUAUGACUCCUCCAGACGCCAUCUUUAACGAGACCAACGAUACCCCUCUCCAAAGCGAAUUAACCGAGAUUCGGUUAAACACGACAACCGGAGGGUCAAGCCAACGGGUUAUUGUACCGGGGAUGAACUUGGAGGCAGGCAAUGUGAAUAAAAGGUGGCUAGGUCGUAAGAGCCGCUACAUUUAUUUGGCGAUAGCGGAUCCUUGGCCAAAAUGCAGUGGUAUGGCCAAGGUUGACUUGGAGACGGGAUAUGUCUCCAAGUUUUUGUAUGGAAAGGAGAGGUUCGGUGGCGAACCGUGUUUCGUUUCGGUAGGAAACAGUGAGAAAGAAGAGGAAGAGGAAGGGUAUAUAAUGAGUUAUGUUAGGGACGAAGAUGGAGGAAAGUCGGAGUUGGUUAUAGUUGAAGCUUCAAGCAUGAAAGAGUUGGGGAAAGUGAGAUUACCGAGUAGAGUGCCAUACGGCUUUCAUGGUACAUUUGUUAGUACCCAAGAUUUAGCUAAGCACUUUGAUUAUAUGUAA